UCUCUUCAGAAACGUACCGCGUCAUUUGUUUAACAUAUCGAUAAAGAAAAAAUUAAGAUUCGUAUAAGAGACCAGACGAGAGCGAGCACUAUCAUUUUACAAGCUAGAAAAUGUACGCGCUUCGAUUGUCGAUUGUGUGGAUAUUCAUUGUCCUUGAAAGCGUGAAAUGUUCGAUUUCGGACGUUGUCGAUUACAACGGGGCGGCUAUCACCAUCGAAAAAAAUGACACGAGUCCUUGCAAUGCAACGAGAGAGUGUUUAAGUUGUACGACAUCCAGACUAUGUAUACCUGACGAGUCAAACAAAUUGAAACAGAUCAUGACGAUAAAUUGCUCUAUGGUUUAUACGAAACCCUAUUGCGAUGUAGACACUGGUUUGUGCACGAAUGUAGCUCCAAAUCAUUGUCCUUCGAACGAUUUCAUCUGUCCUUCUAUCGAUGGGGUGUAUCCCGAUCCCAACAAUUGCGCAAGAUAUCACAUUUGUGUGAACGGUUAUAGAAUAACGAAUACUUGUCCGCCUAACAACAUAUACGACACACAAUUGGAAAAUUGCAAGUUCUCUCGUUAUUCCUAUGACUGCAUUACCAUUAAUUGCAGAGGUAAGGAGGGCCAGUAUUUCGUUUAUCCAACAAACGAUAAAAUAUAUGGAACAUGUGUUAAUGAACAACCAUAUUUUAUUGGGCGAUGCAAGGCAUACGAGAAAUUUGAUAUUAAUUUGAAAAGAUGUACUAGAGUUUGCAAACGUGUUGAAAAUCAACCUACCGAUGAUUGUCAAAAGUAUAUACGUUGCGCCCAAAUUGGAAUAGGAAAAUACGAACCAGUUUUGCAAUACUGUGCCUGUGAUAAAGGUUUUGAUGAGGGUAAAGGUACCUGCAUAAAGGAAGCAACAUGUUUGAACAAGAUGAAUUCUUGCAAAACACUCCUUGCCGAUCUAUUGGGCCUUCCACAGUCGUCUAAUUUCAUCAUCAAUAAUUCGGAUAAUAAGAAUAGUAACAACAAUAUAUCUAAUGGUAAUGACAAUGCAAACGGGAAUAUUGUGAACGGCAACAGUAACAAAAAUAAUUCGAAUUCUGGUAAUGUAAGUAAUGUAAGGGGACCAGCAUUGCGUCAAUUCAUUAUCAAUAAUUCAGAAAAUAGUCAAGGUUCGAAUAAGGUGUCCAAUGGCAACGAUGAGGCAAAUGGUAAUAUAGUUAAUGGCAAUGACAAUGCUAAUAAUAAGAACGAAGGUGACGUAGGUAACGAAGUGCGCAGACCUGAAAAUAGUCACAGUGAUAAUGAUGUAUCUAACGGCAACGAUAGAGAGAAUGGUAAUAUAGUUAAUGGCAAUGGCAAUUCUAAUAACGAGAAUCAAGGUAACGUAAGUAAUCAUAAUUGA